AUGGACGAGAAGCAGGCGCCUGGGAGGCCUAGCGGGAUCCCUCGAUUUUCCCGCCUGCCCAUGCCCAAACCAGCUCCUGUUACCAAACCGACCCCAGCUCCCACGCCUGCAGUUCGACCUGCUCCUUCGCGAGAAGGCCUGAACUCGGGCCUUCGAAACCCUCGUCUUCGACCAGCCGCCUCUCGAGACCAAUUGGCACCGGCCCCCUCUCUUAAGAAGCCCGAGCCUCGUCCUGCUCCGAAAACGAGGCAAAUACCACCACCGACAACUACUACCAGGAAGCUUCAACCCAGAGCUUCCACUAGCAACCUCAGGAGCGCCCGCAGUAUCCCGAGACUCAAUGCGAACGAGCCGACCUACAACAACCCCCCGACGCCCCCGGAAGACACCGAUAAUGUCACCACUUCGCAAGCAUCGAGCUCGACUCGACACGUUUCUGAAGCCAGGAUUGCCACGCCCGUGUCGGGCCCAACACCUGAAGUGCCGCCUCUACCCCAAGAGGCAAGCCCGCCAACCGUGAACGACGCUGAAUCCAACAUCCCGAGCUUCGAUACCCCGAGAGACAAACUCAAACCUCGACCAUCACUCGCCGAACGUACAAUGGAGACGCUCUCCCAAUUGCCCUCCUCGCCAGCCCUCAGCAAGAAACCAUCAUCCUUCUUCGAUCCUGAGGGCGCGAACCGACCCCGUUCACGCUCUGGCAGUGGUAAUUCCAGACCUGGCUCUAGCUACACUUCCGAUGGCUCUUUGCGCCCGGCCUCGCGUCACAGCCGACCAGGAUCGAGCUCUGGUGCUGACGAGAACCCCUUUGCGGGUGUCCGAAGCCCCGCGACUACAUAUAGGCCGUUGGGCACCAUCGAGGGCACGCCAUCGAGACGUGUGUCUGGUGUUAGGGCUUUGAAGGCACCGGCCGUGAGGGCGACUCCUCAAUCUUCGCCCUCAGGCCGCCCCUCUUCCUCGGGCAUACCAGUACACCAGAGUCCCAGUCCGACCAGACCGGCCAGUGUCAUGCCUCCUCCACCCAAGACGGGAGCUGGCACCGCACCUGGCCGUUCCUUGAAGCCCAGAGCAUCCGUCAAUGGCCUGUACAAGAAGCCGUCCCUUCCAACGCUGAACCAGCCAGCACCGACAUCAAUGGCUUCUCCCUCCCCGAAACCUGCCUCCAAGUUGAAGUCGACCAAGUCCUAUGGUUCGCUGCGAAGACCUACUCCGACCAAGCUGAAUCUUCCUGCUCCUGCGCCCACUGAGUCGGCGCCAAACGAGUUCCGUAAAGCGUCUGCUUCCUUGCGAGAUCAGAUUGCCAAAGCCAAAGCAGCUAAGCGCGAGGCAGACCGUCAAGCUGCCGAGGCUGCGGAAGCUGUAGAGGCCGUGGAGGCCGAAGCUCAGACCUCUGCUCUGACUCCCGCUCCUGCCUUGGAACCAGCUGCAGUACUUGAGGAAGCUCCGGCUGUGGGCAAUAAGUCUCCUCUUGUUCCGGCAGACGAAGGUUUUGAUUUCGGCAUUGGGGUCGCCAUGUCCACCGAUCCGUUCAAAACAAACGACCCAUUCAAUACUAAGCGGGACGAGAAUGCCACUGGCAAGGUCAUUCAGCAGCGAAUUGGAGCCGGCCGGAGCACCGGAAGACUCAACGUUGCAGCAUUGGGUUUGAAGGAGAUUCCCGCGGAAGUUCUCAAGAUGUACGACAUGGAGUCCAUGGGAACGUACGAUGGCUCAUGGGCCGAGAGUGUCGACCUCACCAGAUUUGUGGCAGCCGACAACGAGCUCGAGACUAUUGACGACUCCAUCUUCCCGGAUGUUGCACCCGAGGAGAUGGCACAGGAUGAGGACUCAAACGGCAACAUUUUUGGUGGCCUUGAGGCAAUGGACCUGCAUGGCAACUGUCUGAUUUCAUUGCCGAUGGGAUUGAGACAAUUGCGCCUUCUCACAUCUCUGAACUUGUCCCAGAACCGUCUUGCCAACAAUUGCCUCGACGUGAUCACUGAGGUCACCGCUCUUCGUGAUUUGAAGCUUGCCAACAACCUUUUGUACGGACCCCUGGACCCAAGCUUCUCCAAGCUCGAGAACCUCGAGAUCUUUGACCUCCACGGCAACAACGUGUCAUCCCUCCCUGCCGGCAUCGAAAACCUUUCAAGAUUGCGUAUCCUCAACCUGAGCAGCAACAGCUUCGAAUCUCUUCCGUUCACCAAUCUUUCUAAACUUCCCCUCACCGAGCUGCUCGCCCAGAAGAACAAGCUGUCGGGUACGCUUAUCGAGGACGGCGUUGGAGCGCUGUCGAACCUGCAAAUGCUGGAUCUGUCUUCCAACCAGAUUUCCUAUCUGGUAUCCCCGGGCGCCAGUAUCAGCCUGCCUUCGGUUCACCAGCUUGUUCUGUCUAUGAACCGCCUGAGGGAACUGCCAGACGUCAGCUCUUGGAUCAGUCUUCUUACUUUGACAGCCAAUGAGAACGCAAUUCCCGAAUUUCCUCCUGGCUUCACAAAACUCGAGAAGCUGAGGAAUGUCGACUUCUCUGCCAACGACAUCCGCGUUGUACCGCCUGAGAUUAGCAGGAUGGACAACCUGAGCAUGAUUCGUCUGAGCGGCAACCCAUUGCGCGACAAGAAGUUCGUCUCCGCUACCACGGAAGAGCUGAAAGAAGUCCUGGCUGGACGACUCGAACCACCUCCGCCGUACCGGGAUCCUACCCCUGAGGCUGAGACUGCUGCACCUGAGGUGGUCGACGUUGAUGAGAUUGCCAAUGGCUUUGGUAAAUUGACCAUCAAGGAGGCCCCUCCGAUGCCCCCGGUGCCUGCGGAUGAGGACAACCGCUCUGAUGGCGAAGACUUUGCUACGCCACCAACGUCGUCGCCCACUUCACCUGCACGCGCGCGUUCCCAAACACUCUCAAAAGAAACGUGGCCCGUCAAGCCGGGCGGCAUCCUGGAUCGCUCUAAUACCAAAUCAUCGUCGCUUCACCCCGUCGUUUGCUCAAGAGUCGCUGCCGAUAACAAGGUUCGCGAAAUUCAGAUCCACCACAAUCUGUUCACUUGCUUCCCGAAUUCGCUGUCUUUCUUUGCCGAGAGCCUUGGCGCACUGUCUCUUGCCCACAACCAGCUCGUUGGGGAGACCUAUCUGACGGAGGAACUCGAGUUGCCAGUUCUGCGCGAGCUAAACCUGGUCAGCAACCACAUUACGAGCCUUGCUCCACUGACGCUGCACUUGCGGGCUCCUCAGCUCGAGAAGGUGGACGUGUCUCUCAACCGUAUCACCGCUUUGCCACUUGACUUGCGAGCUGUAUUUCCCCGGUUAAUGGUCCUACUUGCCGCGAACAACCACUUGAUCGAACUUGAUCCCGAAGCCAUCAAGGGUCUGGAAGUGGUUGACGCUGGCAACAACGACAUCGCUCAUCUCAACCCCAGGAUUGGUCUUCUCGCUGGUGCCGGUGGUCUCAAGCGCCUAGAAGUUUCCGGCAAUCGCUUCAGAGUUCCUAGGUAUAGCGUCCUUGAACGCGGUACGGAGGCCACGUUGCGUUGGCUCAGGGGACGAGUGCCCGUGGCAGAGAUGGCAUCAUGGAAGGAGGGGCAAGGCGACGGCAACAGCUCUGACACCAGCUUGGCUGAUGUUGACUAA